AUUUCAUUCUGCUGUGAUGUACUGUACCGAUCAAUAGACUUAUCACACACAUUACAGUUUGUUUACUUAAUAUUUGUAAAAUAUAUUUAAUAUAUAUAAUGACAAAUCAAUAUCGAAAUUUAAUUAGGUUAUUAAGUCAACAAAUAAUAAAAUAUGGAAUACUUCCCAAUACAAAAAGAAUUGUUGCAAGUGCCACAGAAAAAGUACAAAGCAAGAUUUCCAAUGUGCAAAAUAUUACAACUGAAAAGUAUAAUAUUGUUGCAAAAAAACUUAAUGAUCAAAUAACCAUUGUACAAGAUUUAAGAGACCAGGCAGUGCCAAGUGCACCAUUGCCAAAAAAAAUUGUCAAAUGGUGGCAGUGGUACAAUCAAUUGACAGGAUUGGAUACAGUUGAAGCAGCUAAGAGACAAGUAAUCACACUUCAAGAUAAAUUAUUUGAAUAUCAGGACAAAAGGAGGAUAUCAAGUAGGGAAUUCGCAAACAUUACUGAGAAGUCGAAGGACAUUAUGAUUGAGUUAACUCAAACAAAACGGGAUGAUCACAAAUAUGUAUACUUAACAAAAAUGGAACAUGAGCUUGCGUUACAACAAAAAAGGAUUUUAAAUCAACUUACUUUUUUAGAGAAAGAAGAAAAAGAUAUGUUCACACAGUUAGCUAUUGCUACAAAAGAGUAUCACGAUAGUCAAAAUCUAAAUUCACAAAAAUAUAAAUAUUUAUCUAUUCUUGCGUCAGCUUUAAUAGGAAUAGUGUCAUUAAUUAGUUCAAUGAUACUUAAUAACCAGAGAAUAGUCGAUGUACGAAAUACUGUAGAAAAAAACCAGGAAAAGAAUGAAAUCUUAUUUCAAGCAAAUGCAAGCCAGCUGUCUAAUCUAUCUCAAACAAAUGCGAAACAGCUGUCUGACCUUACAAAGGCAGUGAAUUCGCUUCGUAUCACGUUAUCACAACCACAAAAUAUCGAUAAAGGAAAGAAAAAUGAAAGCAAUACAUCUAAUAUCUUCAUGACUUCUGCCAAGUACUCAGUAAAUCUGUUAAUUUCAGGAUCAAGUUAUAUUUAUAGGGGAAUUUAUGCAUGUGGCUCUUACAUGGCAAAACCUUUUUAUAAAUAACAAAUAACACACUUUAGAUACAUUAUCAAAAAUUAUAAAAACUUUAUUUCUAAUGUAUG